AGUUACAGUUAUAUGAGGCAGCUGUUCUCCCGUAUUUAACCUACUGUCAUCUCAUGUGGCAUUUUAGCCAUGCUAGUGACUGUAGACGAUUAGAGCAUAUCCAAGAAAGAGCAUGUUAGGGCUAUAUAUUGUGAUAAACAUUCCAUCCUAUGGUCAAUUAAUAUCUUUGGCUGGGCUAUCUACUCUACAAAACCUGUGACUACAGGACAUAGCUAUUCUCAUGGAUAAAAUUAAAAACAACAUGUGCCCUACACACAUUAGCACUCUAUUUGAACAGCCUGCCUUCACUAUACCAAGAUUUAACACAGUCUCCUUUGGAAAGCACUCGCUCAGGUAUAUGGGCCAAAGGUAUGGAGCUUUGUUCCUAGUAAAGUGAAAGAAGCUUCCACAUUGUCUUCUUUCAAAUGUAACAUCAGAAAAGUGGAUCUUAGUAUGCUAUUAUGAUUAGGAGACAAUAACUGCUCAAACUGCUCUCUUUGCAGUUCUUAAUUUAAUAUGAUUAUAGAUACAUUUUUUUAACAUAUUGUAUAUACAGUGUACUUCUCCCAAUUAUUUCUUAUUUGCACAUACUGUAUUUUUUUCCUUAUUUCUUUUUUAAUUAAUUAAUUUAUUCUUUUAAACUUAUUUUAGUGUCCCCACUCAGUGGUUCUACAGCGCUAUUACAGUUUGACACUUAAUUAAAGGUAUCAUCAUCGUCAACGUUGUGACUUAAAUAAUGCCCAAAAAGGCAGUUGAAUUAAAAUCCUCGAAUAGUCACGAGCUGUAAAGCAAGCACUGUUUAUCGUAUAAAACAAGUAGAUUCCAUGUUGGGGUGGGUCUGUUCAGUAAUAGAUCACAGAAGACAUCAAAAUGAAUGAUGAACAGACAACCGACGAGCUUAACAUGGGUAUUUCAAGCGAAAUUUCUUAUCAUGAUGGACCCGUUUUGUCAACAUAUUAUUGCAUUGAUGGUGCAAUACACUAGGAUCAUACAAUACUUUUCUAGGCCUUUCUACCUCAGCCAAUCGCUGACAAAGAAAGUGACUUAAGUUUUCUUUUAACCCCUUCAAAUGAUGCAUUGAUUGUUUUUCCUCCAUGUAGCAUUGUGCGAACUGGUCACAAUGGCGGGAAGCAUCUUCUUAGAUGGAUGCAAAAAUUACUACGGGGUAGGGUGGUGAUGGAACGAAAACCACACGUAUCUUUCUAAAGCAUAUGUAUUAAAAAUAUUCUUUAUAGAAAUAUCUAUAGCUAUCUAAAUAGGCCUAUUUUUAAGUGAAAUAUUGAAAAAGUAACGAUGUUAAUGGCUUAUAGAAAAAUUGACAAAUGUCCCACCAAUUCCCCACAGCUGGGGCUGACAGGAUGGCAAAUGCCAGAAAAAUGCCCAGCAAAUGCCCCUGGGUUGAGGAAGGGCAUACUUGGAAUUGACUGAGCCGUUAACCUUAUGGGAAGGUUUUAAAUUUGUCUUAGAUGUCAAGAAGUGAUAACCGUGUGUCACGUGAAGAGUAUGAAAAACUAGCAAGGGAGUUGGAGGUAUGGAGAAUAGUUUUCUUCCAUAGAAAUAAUAAAUUAAGUUAAUGAAAGAUGUAGCUAUCAGGAGGAGAAAGAAUUUUGUAAUGAUGAAUUUUUGGGAGAGUGAGUCCACUAAAGAGAAGAAGGUAGAAUGUUUAGAGUUUAGUUGAGUUUUUGAGACAGCAAGUAGAGCAAUUUUGCAGAGGGGAAGAGAUGACAAAACGUAGAUGGUACCAAAUCUUUAACCCCAUAUCUAACCAUUAAUUCUGAACUGCUUAAAUCCAGGUUUUGUUAAGGACUAACUUUAUCAUCUAAUGCAAUCAAUGGACACCUCUCUCUUUCAAACAGUUCUGUAGGUGCCAAAGAUGGUCUAAACUUCAUACGAUGGACCCAAUUUUUUAAUACGGACACUUGUCCUGACCAGUGAUGCUGAUGGUGUACGUGUAUUAUAUAAACUUGCAUUAAAUUUUGAUCAGGUUAUUUUGUGUGUGACAAAAUCUUUUAAUUCUCUAGGAAGAAAAACUUGAACAUAUAAGAACAAAAGCCAAACUUGCCAGUGAGAGUGAGAAGUUACAGUUUGCAUUGGGAGAAAUAGAUAUUUUAAACAAGCAAAUUCAAAGAGAAAAAGUAACAUUUGAGAAUGCGUAAGUAUCAUUACUUUUUAAAAAAUUCCAACAGUCUUUCAAACAAGGUUAUAAGUACAUGGUAUGUGGAUAAUUAGAUGGUAUAUUAAACGUGUUUGUUGUUUUUGUUUUUGGGAAGAAGGUAAACAAACUGUGCAAUUUGCAAGACUAAACAUUCCUACCUUUGUUCCCCAUGGUACACACAAAUCCUGGAAUUACCAAGAGAGGUUGUGGGUGUUCAAACCAAAAUUCCUGUCAGUGAUUCUUCAUUCUGACUUAUAGUGCUCAUGAAACUGCAUAAAUGCUUAUUUAACUGCCAUAUGUUAUGGAAUUCCCUGAAAUGCUGCAGACUGAAAUGCAUUUUUAGUUGUGGACCAGCUAAAAAUUUCUUUUUGUGGAGGAGACUUAAAAAAUUGAUUUUUUUGGAAAAACUGAAAACUUGAAAUGCAUUUUAGUCAUGGACCAGCUAAAAUUUCAUUUCUUGGAGGAGACUAAAAUAAUAUAAUAUUGUUUGAUAUAUUUGUUGUGAUUCAGUGUUAACUUUGGUUCAAAUUUUAUUUCCCUUUGUUUUGGGGUAUGGCAAUGUAUAAUAAAGAGUUUAAAACAAAGGAAAAUAGAUUUAAACCAAGGAUAAAAUUGAACCACGACAUAUUUGAAAAAUAAAUAAAUGAAGGUAUUUUACUUAACAGGUAAUUUUAUUAUGAAUCUGCACUUACAUGGUGUAAUAGUUACCAACUUCCUGUGGCUUUAUACUUUACUUGUAGUUGGUUAGAGUGCUGCGCUUCCCCCUGUCCCCCCCCCACACACACACUCACACACACACACACACACACCCCACUCACAAUGAAAUGGGUUCAAGCCCAAAUUUUAAAUUUUCCCCUUGUAUAAACCUGGUCUUAAUUUUUUCUUCUUUUUUUCCCAUCAUUUAUAUUAGGUAUGGCCAAGUCAAAAGUAGAGCACUAGAAGAAAAUCAAGAGAAAAAGGAGAUCCAAACAAAAUAUCAAGGUUGGUUUGUGUUGUAUGCUGGUAUAAUAUUUUACCUGUGCUUGAUUUAGGCAUAUUAAUUUAAUGACCUGUUCGUAACAGAGAAACAUAACUGUGUAGUUAUGCUAGUUUUCACAAAAACGUUUUUUCCUACCUAUGGGGAUUUCCUUUUAGUGCAAUCUCCUAUUUUUGGAAGACAAUAAACAAGUGCCCUCACUACAGACAGUCUUCUUGGCACCAAAGAUACCAUUCCUCACACAACCCCUACCUCUAUGAUGUAGACACCUUUGCAAAGGACUGAGCUACAGAUGAACCUCCAUCAAGUGACCACCUACUGCGCAGCCACCCUCUGCUAAGCAGCCAGUAAUCAAAGUAAUGAUGAUAAUGAUAAUAAUAAUAAUAAUAAUAAUAAUAAUAAUAAUGAUAGUGACUGAUAAUAGUAAUAAUCAUAACUAUAAAAAAAUUCUCAAAUCUGAUUGGUUAUCAACUGCCCUGAUUUCAACCUUAAUUGGACAGUUUAAUAGGACAGUAUGUGUCAUGCCUAAGUUAUUGGACAGUAUGCGCCAUCAUGUGUUCGCUUAAAUGGCUUUUUUUUUCAUUGCUGGCAAAAAAAUCUUGGAAUUUUUUGUGUUUUGAUUUGAGAAAGAGCCUUAUAUGUCAAAAAUUUUGUUAAAGUUAUGAUUAAUUGGUAACAGAACUUUGUGUCGUCCAAUUCAGUCUGUAAUCAUACUCGUGAUUAAACAAAUCGGACUCCUGCUACGCGGUCUUACGAUUUUGUUAAUCACUCGUAUGAUUACAGACGGAAUUAGACUCUACUCAGUCCUGUUACCAUUGCUAAUAACUACAGUGAAUUACCUCUAUUAAGCAGACCCCAAAUUUUUACAACCUCUUAUUAAGCGGACACUUGGGAAGGUCCCGAAGGUGUCCGCUUAAUAGAGGUUUCACUGUAAUAGUAUCAAGAGGAUAAUCAACAAGCAAAAUGUGUCUGCAAAGAGUAGAAUGCAUGGAGUAGGCAAUGAGACAGUUAGCCAUAUUGUAUUGGAAUGCAGGAAACUUGCUCAAAAGCAAUUUAUAUCGAUGUUGGAGGCAUGACAAGGUGGGGCAGAUGAAUCAUUCAUUUGGGACCUAUGUGGAAAGUUGGGUUAUGACAGAAUUAUGAGCCACAAGCAGUGUAUCAAUCCCCUAAAGUAACAGCAAGCUGCCGUGGAACUUCAAAAUACAGACUGACAACAAGAUUGAACACAAGCCCGAGAUUGUGGUACUGGAUAAAACAGAACGCACGUGCCUGAUUAUUGAUGUUGCUUGUCCUUUUGACAUGCAAGUGAAAGACAAAGAGAAAGAGAAAAUUGAGAACUACCAAGACCUGAAGCAGGAGUUGAAACGGAUCUGGAAAUUGUGCAGGGUAACUGUGGUGCCAAUCAUAAUUGGUGCAUUAGGAACUGUUUUGAAAGAUCUAAAAAGUGGUUAGCAGAGAUUGGUGUCACAUCUCGUUUGGAAUCUUUGCAGAGAGCAUUCUUACUUGGUACAGCCAGAAUCCUUCGCAAAGUCUUAGACACCUAAGGUCACAGGUGGUGACUUGAUGUUUAAAAUUGGGUUCAGCUAGAAUCCUUCGCAAAGUCUUAGACACCUAAGGUCAAAGGUAGUGAUGUUUAAGGAAGACUUCAGCAAGCCAUCCAGAAGCUGUGUUUAAUGCUGAUAUUAAUAAUAGCAAUAAUAUUUAUCCAGAAGUUUUCAGUGGGGUCCUGCGGCCCUGAAAUAAUUUUAAGAAUAGAAUUGUCACUUGAUCAAAGUCCUGAUGUAAUAAAUUGUAGAAUAGAAUUGUCACUUAAACCUCCAUUAAUAAGUAGCCACCCUGUACGAAAGCCAUGGUUUGAUUUUUUUUGUUGAUGUUGCUUGUUUUGUUUUGUGAGAGGGGUUAAUCAUAUAAACGUCUUUUUUGUUUUGCUUUUAGCAAUGGAAGAGCUUUGUUCCAAGCAGGAUGAUAUACUUACAACAAAAGAUGCAAAAAUUAAGGAACUCAAAUGUCGCCUGGUGCAUCAGAAACAAAUUCACCAACAGCAACUUUCUGAUCUGGACAUUCAUCGACAGCAAGAGCAAUACAUUAACUAUAACACACAAAAAACUCAAGAAAAGAGUACAACUAAAAGGACACGUCAAAAAAGAGUGUCUUUCAGAUAA